AUGACCUCUGCCUUCGAAGAGCCGCAAUUAAGUCUGGAUGAUACAGCAGAAUUUCUCGGGGUUGCUUCCGGGUCUUUGAACGGCAUCGACCACUCCGUGACUGCUGCCAUUGCCGCCAAAGCCCAAGAGUUCCGGCAAUUGCAGGCGCAGACUUUGGAAUCCAGCGUGGUAAUAGACGAGCUGAAAUCUGCAUCGGGUCAAAAACUGGAGGUCAGCAACGCGAGAGCUCUAGAGCUCGAACAGCAAGUGCAGAAGCUACGUACGGAAUUUGUUGUUUUGGAAGAAGCUCGAUGCAAGCUCGAAAUGCAGUUUCAAGCUGCCGAGACUAGUCUUGAAACAUCUCAGCUACAAAACCAGUCCCUCGUGGAACAAAAACAGAUGCUUGAGAGUACCAAGAAUGACCUUGGUAAACUUUUGAAUGAAAAAAUCCAGGAUAAUAUGACGCUGCAGCGCGAAACUGACCAUCUACUAAAAGAGGCCCACGAGCUUCGAGAUAAAAACCUGGAGCUUGAGAAGUUCUUGCGCGAAGCCAAGUCUCGAGAACUGAGCGACAGAGGUGAGCUGCAGCAAUUGGCGCAAGAAUUGCGGCUUUCACAGUCUAACAAUUCAUGGCUCGAGUCCCAGCUUGCAGAAGUGACCGCCAAUUUCAACAAAUAUAGGCAAAAGUCGCAACACGAAACUUCACAACUACUGGAAAAGACAGAGGCCAAUACAAGUGAACUACAUAGCACCCGUCAAACCAUCGGCAUGUUGCGGGAACAGAACACAAGUUUAACCGAACAACUUGACGCUAGACUUGGCGAGAUCAAAAGAUUGACCGAUACUUCCAACAGUGACAGAGCUGACUUCACGCGCGAGAUGGCAUUGAAGCAACAUCUCACUGAUUUACUGGAGGGCCAGGUCAAAUCCUUGAAGGACGAGCUAGGGCGUAAAGGACCGGCUGGACAGCUCCAAUCAGACACAUCGACUUUGAUCGACGAGUUAUCUCAAUGCAGGACUCAGCUGGCAGAGAAGGAAGUGGAAAUCGAGAAGCUACAAAAUACAGUUCAGGAACUACUUGAUCAUAAUGGUAAAGCCGAGGAGGUCAACGGCGGUAACCAAAGCCCAACUUUAUCUGCAAACAAAAGCGUCUCCAUUCCUAAGUUAUAUGGCGACAUCUCUGUACUCAAGAAGCAGUUGAUUCACGAAAAGCGUCAAAAAGAACAUCUACAAAAUCAAGUGGAAGGUUUUGUAUUAGAGCUUGAGAAUAAAAUUCCUAUGCUCAGCUCCUUCAAAGAUCGCAACGAAAUGCUCGAAAAAGAACUAAUUGAAACCAGUUACAUGUUGGAAUCAGUUUCGCGUGACAGAAGUGAAUUUAUCGAUGAUAUCCGUAGAAAUGAUGUUCGGGUGAGAGAUUACGAAGCUCAGAUAUCUGAAUUGACGAAGCAGCGUACAGAUCUGGCACGCCAAAUUCAGUUCUUACUCAUCCAGGCGUCGGUGAAAGGCGAUUCCAAGGGCCCUCUCACAGAUGAGGAAACUGCAUUCGUUCAAAAGAUAUUGAAUUCUGAGAAACAGCCCACAAAUCAUGACACUCAAGCGGUUAUAUCGCAGCGACUAGUUGUUUUUCAAGAUAUUGUGGAGCUCCAAACAAAGAACUCUGAGCUCUUGGUUACUGUUAGAGGUCUGGCUGAUAAAUUGGAAAGGGAAGAACGGGACGCCAAUGGUAGGGAAGACGUUGUCGAUAAAGAAGUAAUCAGCGAUGCAAAAGAAGCAAUUACAAGGCUCCAAGAGCAUGUACAAGACCUGGAAUUGAAGAUUGAAAUAAUAUCUAAGGAACGGGACGCCUUGAGAACAAUCAGGCUAAACGCCGGUCCUCGUGACGGGUCAUCAAACAAUCACGCGUCAGACGCGAGUAAUGCCAAGAAGCUAGAGCAAAUGGAGGAGCAGCUGCAGAUAGCUAGGCGGGAAGCAGAAACCAACUUGAAGAUUUUGAACACACAGGUAAACGACCUGCUUAAAACGAGAGCGGAUCUGCUGUUGGAAGUUGAAAGAGAAAGGUCCUCGAGGACGCUGGCUGACGAGAGGCUCAGGCUGGCAAAUGAAACUUUGAAGCUUGCUAAGCGUGAAAGCAAAGAAGUAGCAUCAAAAUGCGACAAACUCCAAGAUACUUUGAUCAGACAAGAUGCAAGGACGCAGGAAACGGUCACCGAUAUCAUCGAUUGCAAAUCACAUAUUGCGCGCUUGAGCUCAGAAUUGAAAAAUUCAAUUGCCAAUUCUGAACUUCUGCGUGCAUCGCACGAAAAGGACCGAAGAACCAUUGAACAGCUCACUUCAGAAAAAAGCGAGCUUUCUGUACUUGUCGCUCAGUUGCAAACUUUACAAAAAGAACGAGAAGCUUUGAUACAUGGCACGGAAUCUUCUUUCGAAGGUAAAAUUGAAAUAUUGAAUCAGGAGAUCAGGCAGCUUCGGUCUCAGUUGGUUUCCAAAGCACAGGAUCUCGAGGCUUUUGUUUCAGCUACCGACUCUAAGUCUCAGUGGUAUCAAAAUAAGAUUGAUUCAUUGAACGAGUCUUUGAGUGAGACGACUGCGAAACUCAAUUUGCAGAUGGACGCUUUGCACCAUCUGAAAGCUCAGAGUGCCUCAUCAGAGCCAAGUGCUCAGGUACCAAGUACUUUGCAAUCAUAUGACAAUCAAACAGGAAACGAACAAACUCCAAGUUUGAGGAUUGAAAUCGGAAAAUUAAAACUACAUUUACAAGAAGCUUACUCGCAGGUCGACGAGUACAAAUCGAUGAACGCCUCCACCGAAGAGUGUCUUUCCAGCGUCACCGAGGCAUAUGAGCAACUAAAGUCGGAUCAUUCUCGCGAAAGUGCCAAUGCGAAGGAACAGGAAAAAGUUUUGAAAGAAGAGAUUUCAACCUUGACAACUAGUCUGUCUAGUCUUGCCUCUAAACUCAAAGAUGAAAGAGAGCAGCUCACUUCGAAGAAUGAUGAUAUCACUAAUCGUAUGAGUGCCUUCAAAGAAAGCCAGCAAUCAAUCGAUACACUAAAAGAACAUUAUCAAAAGCAGUUAGAUCAGCUAACCUUUGAUUUGAAGGAACAAAGUGCGCUCACCAGUCAAACUCAUAAAAAAUACGAGGAAGAGCUGCAAAGACAUGCAGAUGCUUCAAGGGUCAUGAAUCGCUUUAGAGAAGAAUCUGAAACUAUCAAACAUCAACUGCAAACAGCGAUCACCGCGCAUAAAGAUCUGCAGAAGACCUUGGAGAGCAGGGAAGAGGAGUGGGUUACAAAGAAGAGAGACCUAGAAUCUCAGCUUGAUGCUGCCAACCAUCGUAUUGAGGAUCUUCUGACUCAAAACAGACUCUUGUUCAACCAAGUAGAAUUCAAGUUCUCAGAGCAGAGUUCGGGCACUUAUACUGAAAAUAAUGAUAGCCAAAGCCGAGACUUGAUUUUGAGCUUGAGAAGAGAAUGUGACAUCUGUCGGGCCAAACUUGAAGUUGUGGAUGGGGAGAGAAAAAAGCUGCAACGGAAAUUACGAAUAUCUGAAAGCGAGCUUCUCACAGCAAAAGAAGAAUUGAACAGCUACGAAUCUACUGCAGCUCGUCAAUCUAUAAUGACCGAGGAGCACGAAAAAGUUCUAGAAGAGUUGAAUCAGCUCAAUUUAUUGCGAGAAAGCAAUAUAACCUUGAGAAGCAAUUUGCAGACGAAGUCUGAGCAAAAUAGUGAACUCGAAAAGAAGGUAGAAGAACUUCAAGCGUCGAUCGGGCCGACUGAAAAUGAGCUUUCUUCCUUGAAGCACUCCAUAGCUGCCAAGGAUAAACAAAUCGAGUUAGCCUCUGAAGAGGUCGACCGGUGGAAGACAAGAACUCAAGAUAUUCUGCACACUUACGAACGAGUGGAUCCCGAGGAACAUCGGAAGCUAAUUGAAGAGCUGACACAGGCCAAAGCUGAGCUAGCUUCGAAAAUUGAACUGAACACAGAAAUAGAAGCCCGAUUCCAAAGGUUGAAGAAGCAAGCCCGUGAGAGACUCGAUGCCGCAAAGACUUUACAGACUACUUUAACUGCUGAUCUUAAUGCACAAAGAAGCGAAAAACAAGAACUCGAGACCGCUUUAAAAAGAGAGAGAGAAGAUAUCGAAAAAUUAAACGAGAAGAUUGCUAAUCUUGAAUCAAAUGAAAGCAAUGAGCGCCCAUCAGAGAGUGAACUUGAGAGUUUAGUUCAAAAAUUGACGGCUGCCGAGGCCAAAGUGGAAGAAUUGCAGAAAAUAUCUUCCGAAAGCUCAGAUGUCAGCAAACUCCACUCUGAACACACACAACUGAAGCAAAGGAUCAGCGAAUUAGAGUCUUUGCUUGAAAACUCCCGAAUUGAACUAGCACAGCUCAAAGACGUGAAGGCCUCCACUGAGGAUCACUCUGCUGAAAUUGAAAAGACUAGGAAAGAAUUGACCAUCCAGAGUGAGAAAUUCAUUUUAGAAAAGGAAGCUGAGAUCAGAAGUAAGUUUGAAGAGAUGCAUGCAGAGCAGCAAAGACUUUUCGAGGGAAAAAUUCAAGAAGCUUCGAAUCAACAGGUUCCCGACAUAGGUGCUUUGCGGAAAGAAUGGGAGGCGGAGCACGAACAGGAAACGCAAAAGAGAAUCGACGAGGCCAAUGAAUUGUUAAGAAAACGUAUUCGUUUGCCCACGGAAGAAAGAAUAAACAAGAUUAUAGAAAGCCGGAAAACAGAUUUGGAGCGCGAAUUCGAAAAAAGAGUCCAGGAUCGAGCAUUGGAGAUUUCAGCGCAAAGCCGGAAUGACCAAGGAAUUGAUUCAGCCCAGGUGUCGGAAAGACAUCAACAAGAGCUCGACAUAAUGAAAGCGACACUGAAGAAGCAGAUGGAUGAAGAAAUGGCGCAAUUGAAACAGAAGGCCUUCAACGAGGGUCAACAGAAGGCCAGUAUGAAGUCUACGCUGCUCGAACGGAAAAUUGCGAAACUAGAGGCUCAAUUGAAGUCGGCAGGCGUGGGAACAGCAGUAUCCAGCGCUCCAAGCAGCGCAGCAGAUGGAGAUGUUUCUCAAAUAGAAAAGCCGGCUCGCAUCACAGAGAUUUCUCCUGCCGCAAAGGGGUCUACAGAAGCUUUGAAAACCGAAAGCGAGCGGUCUCUAGUUCCGAUUCAAACUGCACCACUAGUCAUGUCUCCGACAAAUGAGCACCAAGACGCAAAAGCCGCUGUAGGUUCUACGGUACCCAAUGAACCACCGGUGUUGUUGCAAAGCGCCGAAGGAUUAAAACUAGAUGACUCUGGGGUAGUUUCCCCUCAAAGUCCGUCCAAGAGGCCAAGUGAGGAUCACCAGCUGGAGGGCGGUCCUGAAUCAAAGAAAAAUAAACCUGAAGGGGAGUCCUGA